CCUCGGUUUGGCUCAGAGCUUCCGAAGUCUCAAAGACGCACACGAGGAACUACGGUACUAUGCCGGGUGCGUCCGACUUCAAGGUGCAAGACUUGGUCUACGCGCCAUGUGAAAAGGAAGUGCUCUUCACGCCGGGUGUGGUGGUGGAAGUCCGGGCUGAGGACGCAGUGGUCCAAGUGGCCGAUGACCUGCAGACGAUCCCACUGGGAGAUCUCCGUCGCAGGUUCAUCCGCGACGACGGCGCCACGUGCAGCGACAACACCUCCUUGGUGCACUUGAACGAUGCCACGAUCCUUGAGAACUUGAAAGCACGUCAUGAGGUCGAUGAGAUUUACACCUACACUGCCAGUGUACUACUGGCUGUGAACCCUUACAAAGACGUGACAGGGCUUUAUGGUGAAUCCCAGUGUCUCAGAUAUCGUGGCAAACACAUCGGAGCACUACCUCCGCAUCCUUAUGCGAUUGCCGACACUGCAUACCGAGCGCUGGUCCGGGAUCGGAAGAACCAGGGCUUCAUCAUCUCGGGGGAGAGCGGUGCCGGGAAGACCGAGACGGCGAAGAUUGUCAUGGAAUAUUUGGGCUAUGUCUCAGGCUCAUGCAACCAAAAGACCGAACAAAUUCAGAGGAGGGUGGAGCAAGCACAACCGAUCCUGGAAUCCUUCGGCAAUGCAGUGACGAUGAGGAACAACAACUCGUCACGCUUUGGCAAGUACAAUCGGGUGUUCUUCGAUGAGCACGGCAUCCUGGUGGAUGCCUCAGUCACGACCUACUUGCUGGAGAGCUCCAGGGUCGUGGUCCAUGCUCGUCGCGAACGCACCUAUCACUGCUUCUAUGAGAUGUUGCGAGGCUUACCGGAUGAGAAGCUUUCGCAACUGCACCUCGAGCGAGAGAAGCUCUACCUACUCCUGGCCAGUGAUGCUCAGGAGGAUCUUGCUGACGACCAGAAGUGGCAUUCACAAUUCCAGGACCGCGAUGCGAAGCUUUUCCACAAGCUGUGCGGAGCCCUUUCGACCGUGGGAUUCAGCGGGGACGAGAUCGACAAGAUCUUUCAGGUCUUGGCGGGUUUGGUUCACUUGGGCGACCUCUCCAACGGCGAGAAGGACGAAGGGGACGAGGCGGCAACAGUGCAGUUGGACCAAGAGAUCUUGAACAAGGCCUCCGCCCUGCUGGGCAUGGACUCCGACGAGCUGGGCGGAGCGCUGCGCCGGCGCCGCGUGCGCGUGACGCACGCGGGGCGGGAGUCGCUCCACGAGGUGCCGCGGACCACGUCGCAAUUUCGCCAUGCCUUGCACAGCUUGAUCAAAGCAUUGUACAAGCGUCUCUUCGAGCGCUUGGUGCAGCGGAUCAACAGUUCCUUUGGUGAAUGGCGCCGUCUGCCGGAGGAGGACGAAAAGUGGUACCAGAUCGGCAUCUUGGACAUCUAUGGCUUCGAGCGCCUGCAGCGCAACUCCUUCGAGCAGCUCUGUAUCAAUUUGGCCAAUGAGCGAUUGCAGCAGUACUUUGUGGAGAAUGUCUUGGUGGCUGAGCAGGAUCUCUACAAGCGCGAGGGCUUGCCAUGGAUCGGCCUGGAGCUGCCGGACUCCACACCCGUGGUGUCUGCCAUUGUGCAAACCUUCAAGACCCUGGAUGAAUACUCCCAGCAGCUCGCGAAAGGAUUCGAGAAGACCUCUGACGAAGGCUUCUGCCAGAAGACCGUGGAGGAUUCGCAGAAGGACGUGCAGCGCAAGGAAGUGCUUCGACCUUUGAAGAUGUCCAACAAGCGUGGCUCCAAAGCUGGCACCUCCCUGGCCAUGAACGAGGGCUUCGUGGUCAAGCAUUAUGCGGGCAUGGUGGAAUAUAACACGAAGGGCUGGUUGGACAAGAACAACGACAGGCUUCUGGCAGAAUGCGAGGAUUUGAUUUGUACCUCCAGCUUCGAUUUCGUUGCCUCCCUUGGAGAAGCGGAUGCUGGCAAGGUGCCAUUCAGGUCGAUCAGCAAGAAGUAUUGUGCCGAUCUGGAAAAUCUGUUGGAGACGCUCAACACCUGCCACCUACACUACAUUCGUUGCUUUAAGCCGAAUGAGUUUCAAAAGCCUGCGAUCUUCAGCCAGACCUUGGUCUUGGACCAGCUGGUCCAGUGUGGCACGAUCGAAUUGGUGAAGAUCAUGCACGACGGCUAUCCAAACCGCAGCCCCUUCAAUACGAUCGUGCAACGGUUCCGAGAUCUGCUGCCCGAGAGCUUCCAGCGCUAUGGCAUGCGAACCUUCAUCGAAGCUCUGAUGUUGGCCUAUGAGGUUCCUGAGCAGGAAUGGGCCUUGGGCAUGUCACGUCUCUUCUUGAAAGCGGGGCAGCUGAAAGCCUUGGAGGACAUGCGAUCCGAAGGUGCCGAGGCAGAUCCUGAGCGCUUGAAGGCCAUCGUGCACAGCAUCAUUCGCAAGAAAUGGGUUCGCGCCAAGAACGCCAUCCAGCUGUGCCUCUAUCUGCCGAGGUUCCUGGCGGAGCUGCGCACGGCACGCGCCUUGCGGACCUUGUGCACCCGGGCGUUGCUGGUGGGUCGGCUGCAGCCUAUGCUGUUGGCAGCGAGGGAAAAGCUGCGCUUGCGUGCCUUGGCUGCCCAGCGGCGCUGGCGUGUGUGGGGCACGGCCGCUUAUGCCUCAACAGUCUUCAUGAAGAAGGUCAGGGACGCUCGGCAGAGAAAGCUAGCCAACGCCUUCUCCGUGGCAUGGCUCUUGCACAAGAGGCUCAUCCCUCUGGCCAACGCAGCCCGUCAAAGACUGGCCGCCGAGGCGGUGCGCCGCGAGGCUGAGCGACGGCGAGAAGAGGAGCGCCGUGCGGCCGAGGAAAGGAAGCGGGCGGAGGAAGAGCAGAGGAAGCGCGAGGAGGAACAGAAGAAGCAUGAAGAGGAAAUGCGGAAGCAAGAGGAAGAAAGACUCGCGCAAAUCAAGAAGUUGGAAGAAGAACACCAAAGAGAGCUGGAAGAAAAGGCUGCCUAUGAGGCAGAGAUGAAAGCACAGGCUGCGAAAAGAGAAGCUCAGCUCAAGGCAGAAGCUGACCGAAGAGAGGCUGAGACUCGGGCGCAAUAUGAAGAGGAGAUCAGGCGAAUGAAGAAGGAUUUGGAGGACAAGAAGUUGAGAACAGAGUCAGAGGAGGACCAACGUUUUGGCAAGGAUCUCAUUGCUGAUGUUGCCUCGCCUUGCCGCAAUUCACCAACUUCAAGGCAGCCCAGACUGUCGCUCGCUGGAUCUACUGUCGAGGAUGACGCCCGCUCGACUGCCUGCCCGACCGAGCUGGACGCAGGACCAAGCUGGAGUCAAUAUCGAGAGAUGCAGGAGAGGGUCUUGAAGCUGGAGCAGCAAAUGGCAGAAAGGCAAAAUGAGACGCGGGAAGAGAUGUUGAAACUCCUGCACAACUGCCGCUUGGCGCAGCAAGACAACUACUAUGACGAGGCCAGACCGGGCCUGCCCUCGACGCCACCUCGAGACCGGCCCCCACGUUAUUCCACUGUGAGCAAUACCUCUUGCCUCAGCUUUGAUGAGCGACGGAAGAGCUUCGCAAGCUUGAAGAAAGUUUGGGGGGAGCAGCGUAAACUAUUAAUGGUAGACCUCUAUCCCAACGGGGAGGAUGAAGAGCAGAGUCAGCCCCGCACCAGGAGAAGCAGCGUGCGCGGAGAUCCUCUGAAGUCCUUGGCAGCUGACUACAAUACGAAGCGGCUCUCCAAAACUGGGGGCCGAUGAGGUCAUUGGCCGCCUGCAGCAGAGCUGCGGCUUCCGGCAUUCCUUUAGUAUCCAAGAUCACUGGAGGUUCUUAGGCGUGGUUGUUCAGUGCUUUGAGGGUAGCUUGUGU